AUGAGUCAGUCGGACAACCCUGAAGGUCAGAGAGUGGUUAGUCGGACACCCCUGAAGGUCAGAGAUGACGGCAAGUGUAACACCGGCGUAAAGAAUAUUAGAAAUGAAAAGGCCUUUCGACCAGCGUAUGGAACACUUGGAGAACUCAGGGCACUAGCUCCAGGCAUACCAGUGAUUGCACUAACAGCGACUGCAACCAAGUCAACCCGAGAUGUGAUAAUUAAUGAAAUGUGUUUGUCCGGCUGUGAACAAAUACUGCUCUGUCCCAACAAAGAAAACAUCAAGUACUGGCAGAUAUCAACCAGUGGCAACAUUCGCCAGGAUUUUUCAUGGUUAGUUGCCCUGUUACGGGAACGGAAUCGACAAACACCAAGGAUGCUGAUAUUCUUCCGCAAAAUCAAGCAAAUAGGUGAUCUCUUUGACUUUCUCAAAUCAGAGCUAAAACAUGAUGCGUUUAUAAACAAUAGUGACGACGGAGUUAACAGUCAUAAGAAUCGUCUAUUUGACAUGUUCCACAGCAAGACAAACAGGGAAGUGAAGAAAUGUGUGUCCCAGUCCUUCAUGGAUCCAAAUGGUUUCAAGAGGAUAAUCCUUUGCUCCACAUCUUUCAGCAUGGGACUUGACUUACAAAGUGUGGAAACCGUCAUCCACUAUGGUCCAGCCAACAAUGUUGAGGAUUAUAUUCAAGAGACAGGACGAGCAGGCAGGGAUCCAGAAAAGCAGGCACAUGCUCUUCUCAUGAACUUUAGACAUUGUCUCAGUGGCAGGCGGAAUAUUUCGGAUGAAAUGAAACAGUAUGUCAGAACCAAACAUGCAGAGUACCAACAGACUUGUUCGAGGAGGACGAGUAACAUUUAUUGUGCUCCUUGCAGCAUGCAGAGUGCCAACAGACUUGUUCGAGGAGGACGAGUAACAUUCAUUGUGCUCCUUGCAGCAUGCAGAGUGCCAACAGACUUGUUCGAGGAGGACGAGUAA